GUGCUUUAUAUCAUAACAAAACGCUUGUGCUUUAAGUAUGAUGGUUAAAAAAUCAAUGCAAUACAUACUCAUUCUUCUACUGAUACUCCACGUGGCCUUCGGUACACUUUCACCGUCCGAUAAGAACAAAAAUAAGAAAGUAAAGGAACUGAAAGUAAAAACCGGUCCACAACCGACCAACGUUUACGAUAGAGGGCUGGUACAGGGAGAACCAUCAGCAAAGGAUAUUAUCGUGGAAAAUGGUGCAUACUUCCAGGACACCGCGUUAAAGCUGUUCGAGGGCAAAGUGCUUGGAUUUGUGACACCGUGGAACAAUCAUGGGUACGACGUGGCAAAAAUUUGGGGACCCAAGUUUGAUUACGUGUCACCGGUUUGGCUACAAAUUUUACGGAAAGGUCCCAAAAAGUAUGAGGUAGCCGGUGUGCACGAUAUCGACGAUGGGUGGGUAAAGGAUGUGAGAAAAGCGGGCUCUUCAAUCAGCAAUCGAGGUAAGAUUUUUCGGUCCAUUUUUGUUGCAAAAGCUUUAUUAAUGUCCCCUUUCGUUUUAGUUGUGCCACGCGUUCUGUUCGAUAAAUUCACCGAUCGGGACUUUUCCCAGCUACUCACCUAUCCCGAAGAGCGUACCAUCGUCGCUAAACUGCUGCUAGCGACGGCCCGAAAGCACAAAUUCGAUGGUUUGGUGCUCGAAGUCUGGUCACAGCUAGCUGCCCGUGUUGAGGAUAAUUACCUGAUCGGACUGGUAGAGGAAAUCUGCACCACGCUGACCACCGGUUCGUUCGAUUGCAUUCUUGUGAUACCGCCAGCCCGGAAGGAAACGUACGAUCUGUUCUCGCGGAAGCAUUUUGAAGCACUCGUACCAUCAGUAACGGCAUUCUCGCUGAUGACGUACGAUUACUCUAGUGUUCAGCGACCGGGAGCGAAUGCACCACUGUACUGGGUACGGAAUGCUGUUCAGCACAUCUGCCCGGACGGUACAGAUGGUGUGAGGGAAAAGCGAGCAAAAAUUCUCGUUGGACUGAACAUGUACGGGAGCGACUUUACGCCGAACGGUGGACAACCGAUCGUGGCUCACGAGUAUUUGACUUUGCUGAAGCAUCUGAAGGGUCAUCUGACGUACGAUGAACAUGAUGUGGAGAACUUCUUCGAAGUGAAAACCUCCAAUGGACGCCAUAUGGUAUUCUAUCCAACACUCUUCUCCAUUGACGAACGGCUCAAGCUGGCCCGUGAGCUUGGUACGGGCAUUUCUAUCUGGGAACUAGGACAAGGGUUGGACUAUUUUUAUGAUCUUUUCUAGAA